GCCCGGACCUGGGAGAAUGGCUGGGGUUGGACAGAUGAGACGUACAAGGCCCUGACGAUCCAUUGUCAGGUCGAGCUCGCUGAGUGUCCGGCGGCGUUUAGCGCCCCCCAGCUGAUCGUGGAUCGGCCAGAUGCCGAGACAGGCUUUCAUCCAAAGCUUGGGCAGGACACGGCCCCCUUGGCGGCUGACCUGUUGGACCAGGUGGGGAACACCAUGUGCAACCUCCAGCUCAAGAGGUAUGCCACGAUAGCCAACCCGGACGUGCUGUUCAUCUCCCAGGCUCUCCGCCAUCAGGCCACCGCAGUUGAUUUGUUGUCCCAUCGGAGUGCCGAUCUGGUGGCUGAGUUGGCCAUGAAGAUGGAGACGAUCCAGUUGGAGUUGGAGGCGGCCGUGAACCAGAGGGAGGCCAACAAGGAGGCCCUGGCCAAGGAGACGGCCCAGGCUCAGGUGGACCAUGCGGAGUUCGACCGUGUCAAGGCCGGGCUGGAAGAGGCCUUGUCCCGGAAAGAAACCGAGGCCAACGAGAGGGUAGCCCUUCUGGAGGCUGCCGCGGCUCAGUCUGCCCGGGAUAGGGAGGAGAUCCAGAACUUGACGGAUCGGGUCCGCGAACUGGAAAGCUCUCUUCGUGAGGAGAAGACGGUGCGAAAAGGAGGAGGCGGACAGCAUGCUAGAAGUCACUUUCGAGGAGGCCAUUUACAUGGCUUGGCGCAAGGACAAAAUCAUGAACCUCUUGGUCUUCCCCGACCCGGAAUCGCAGAGGCCUGAAUUCGAGGCCAAAGAGAAGGAAGACGCGGAGCUUCUGGAGACUGAAGCCUAGGCCCGAAUCUUCGCAUUACCUCUUUUAAUUUUGUAAUAACUUUUACCGGAUGCGUAUGCGUCCAAGACAAUUUUUAUUACUCUCCGGUUUAUCUUAUUUUUGUUAUUCCUUCUAGAAAAUUCCUUUUAUCACCGUGCAUAACUAACUCCGAGGGUUUGGUCCCGGUUCCAACGGCCUGGACUAGACCAACUCUAACUAGCUUGUUAAGUUUUCAGUCCUACCCACCUAAUUCUCAAUCCCGGCUCCAACGGCCUGGGCCAACGUGGUUCAAAUAGUUUAUUGUGGAACUUAGUCCCCCCACUCUACCAGUCGCGGAGCACUGCUUUGCCCUGGGGCAUACCGGAUGCUUUUCUCUCCCGGGCAUCGCUCGUCCGGGGUGGGACCAGCCUUAGGCUCGGUCCUUUUAAUUUAUAUCCCCGAACAUCGUUCGUCUGGGGUAGGACCAGCCUUAGGCUUGGCCCUCUUUAAUUUAUACCCCCGGACAAUGUUCAUCCGGGGUGGGACCAGCCUUAGGCUCGGUCCUUUGAAUUUAUACCCCUGGACAUCGUUUGUCCGGGGUGGGACCAGCCUUAGGCUCGGUCUUUGUAAUUUAUACCCCCGGACAUCGUUCGUCUGGGGUGGGACCAGCCUUAGGCUCGGUCCUUUUAAUUUAUAUACCCGGACAUCGUUCGUCCGAGGUGGGACCAGCCCUAGGCUUGGCCCUCUUUAAUUUAUACCCUCGGACAAUGCUCAUCCGGGGUGGGACCAGCCUUGGGGCUUGGUCCUCUUUAAUUUAUACCCCCACAUAAUGUUCGUCUGGGGUAGGACCAGC